AUGGACGAUUUAGCCUUGGCAUUGAAGGAGGUAGCGACGGAGAUGAAUCAGGUGAAGUUGAGGCUCGACGUGACGCAAGCUGAGCUCGAGCACUGGAAAGGGGAAGCAGAAAUGGUGACGGAAAAGUUGAAGAACACCGAAGACAGGUUCAAAGAACUUUUAGAUGAAUCAAGAAAAGAGAUGGAACAAUACAAGAACACUAGCGAGAGGCUCAGGUUAGAGGCUGAAGAGUCACUCCUGGCAUGGAACGGGAAGGAAACGGGCUUUGUGGGAUGCAUCAGGAGAGCCGAAGACGAAAGGACGGCGGCUCAACAGGAAAACAUUAGGCUCGCCGAGUCUCUCAAGGCGGCCGACAGGAUGGUCAAGGCAUCGAGAGAGGAAAACAUCAAGCUGCGCGACAUACUCAAGCAAGCGCUGAACGAAGCGAGCGUCGCGAAGGAAGCGGCCAGCAUCGCCCGUGCUGAGAAUUCGCAGCUCAAGGAUGACAUGGCUGAGAAGGACGAUGCCCUGAAAUUCUUCAGCCGGGAGAUCGAGAGCCUCAGGAUUAAUGAGGCUGCCGCGAUCGAGAACAUCGCAGAGUUGAAGAGGCUGCUUUCUGAGAAGGACAUCAAGACGGACGAUAAGGAGAUUGCGAGGAAAUCGAAGGCUCUGAGCUCGAUUGCGGCCGACGAGAAAGAACACAAAGAAGGGACGAGACUUGGAAAGGCUUUCAGCUUCAAUCUGAAGGACCUAAUAGGCUACCCUAGACACAAGUACAGCAGUGAUAACCUCGAGAACAAAGAGAAAGACCACGACGGCAGUGACCGCGACGACGACCGCGACGAAGACGACCCAGAAAAGAUCGAUCCACUCAAAGGGUCGAUCUUCGACGUCAUGGACUCUCCUGGGUCGGCCGCCCAUCACGGGAAGAAGUCAUCCUUGGCUUAUACGAGCGAUGGCGAGAUGACAAAUUCGGAGGACCUGGACAGUCUAGGUUCGCCGCAUUUCAACGACUUGGAGAACGAGAGACUCCACAGGAGGAAGAGAGCGUUGCUCCAUAGAUUCGCGGAAAUCAUAAGGGGACGAGAGAAGAGUCAUCACUAA